AGCGUGUGCGCCACCGUGUGGUCAAGACGAUCACUGCAGGAUCAGAUCGUAAAAGGGGGGAUGAAGCAAUCUCUGUUAAGGUGGGGAAGCGAUCACGGAUGUAUGAGUAUUGAACCCGGUGACUCACCUGUCUGAGGUGAGGGGUAAUUUAAAAGGUGCAGGUAUAAACGGGUGCGGUACUCAGCAGAACAGAACACACUUAACACACCAUGGAAAAGAAGAGCACGGCGCUAAAAGAGGGCUUUCUGGUGAAAAGAGGUCACCUGGUGCGUAACUGGAAGGCGCGCUGGUUCGUGCUGACCCCGGACCAGCUGCUGUACUACAAGUACGAGGGCAGCAAGCGGGACUCGUGCCAGCGGGGGCGGAUCAUGCUGCGGGGCUGCGAGGUCACAUGCCCCUACCUGGAGAACGAGAGCCGCCCGCUGGUGUUCAAACUGAAGACCCAGAGCUCAGUGGAUCACUUCCUGGAGGCGUGUUCCCGGGAGGAGAGAGAUGAGUGGGCCGCCGCCAUCAUUGGCGCGGUGGAGGACCUCCGUCAGGCUGACGGGGGGGCGGUCGGCCCCCAGGACCCCACCUCCACCCAGCAGCACCUCCAGGACAUCAACCUCAGUCAGGUGGUGGACUCCAUGUAUGACGUCCACAGUGGCAUCAAAAUGACCAACCACGUUGAUCAAGGCAGCACCUACAGCAACUGCUUCUCAGGCUCGGCGGUGGUGGACUGGCUGGUGUUCUCGGGGGCCGUGCUGAGCCGGGCGGAUGCGGUGACGCUGGCGUCGGCGGUGAUGGAGGAGGGCUUUGUGCGCCCGCUGGGCCACCGGAGCGUGGAGGCGCUGCGGACCGCCGGCCUCACGGAGCAGUUCCUGGACGACUCCUCCGCCCUCUACUGCUUCGCGGAGACCUUUAAGAAGCGCGGCAGCGUGAAGGCGGAGACGUCGCUGGCGGCGGUGGAACUCAGCGGUCAUGUGACCCGGAGAGGCUACCUGCUCAAACAGGGCCACCAGAGAAAGAACUGGAAGGUGCGUCUCUUUGUCCUGCGCUCUGAGCCCUCCUUCCUACACUACUACGACCCCAGCAAGAAUGACGUCAUCCCGGCGGGCGGCUUCCCCCUCCGGGGGUGUCUGGUGUCAGCUCUCCAUGACAACGGUGUACCGUCAGGGGUCAAAGGUGAAGUCCAGGGCAACCUGUUCAAGAUCAUCACCAAGUCCAACACCCACUACUACAUCCAGGCUCCCACGCAGGCCGACAAGAUGGCCUGGAUCGACGCCAUCAGGAAGGAGGUCUAGACCCCCUGCGUGUCCAAACCUAGGAUCCAUUAACUCUUAACACUGUAGACUAAUGCAUUCCAUGAAUGCAGUAAUGUAGCAAUUCAAGAAAAAAUAUAUUUCAUGCCCAAUGUCAAUCCGCGACUUUCGUUUGAAUGUCGGAUGCAAUGUAUUAUUAUUAUUAAGUCGUAUUUAAUAUUUGUAUUAAAUAAAAUCAAACCUG